AUAUUCAAUCAAUUGAGUCAGAUCAAAGAAAAUCAUGACCAGAAAGCUUUCUCCUUUCAAUUUUACAAAGGCCGUCAUGCGGUCCUUCAUGGCCGAAUCCGGCCUGGAGCCCAGACUCCUGCAGAACCGGUUUCGGGUGAUAAAUGCCUCUGAGGGCAGAGUUGACUUUGAAGUUGACAUCCAUAAAGACCACACUAACCGACUCCAAACUAUCCAUGGCGGAACUAUAGCUAGUCUCGUCGAUCUCGGGGGAUCCCUGGCAGUUGCUUCCACUGGAAGGUUUGCAACAGGCGUAUCGACUGACUUGAAUGUGACCUAUCUCAGCCCCGGAGGCCGACCGGGUGAUGUCCUCAAGGGCACGGCUAUCUGUGAAAAGAUCGGAAAGACGCUCGCCUACACAACCGUACAGUUCUACAAUAGCAAGGGCCAGCUUGCUGCGAGAGGAAGUCAUACCAAAUUUGUUGCGGGGACUUUGGGCCCAGAUGGAGCCUUUGUAGCCCCGGCGCAGUGGGCUGAUGAGGUCGACUAGAUGAUGGCGCAAAUGAGGGUGUUGCAGAUGGUAUAGAUCUAGUCAUAGAACCUAGAUAUAGAGGGAUACAUCCGAAAUCGAAUAUGGCAUUAGAAUC